AUGGCGCAGAAAGGAGUUCAGCUGGACCGGGAAACUUUCUCUUGUUCCAUCUGUCUGGAUCUACUGAAGGAUCCAGUGGCUCUUAUCUGUGGACACAGCUACUGCAUGAAGUGUAUUAAAACACACUGGGAUGAAGAGGAUAGAAAGGGAAUCUACAGCUGCCCUGAGUGCAGACAGAAGUUCACUCCGAGGCCUGUCCUGCUGAAAAACACCAUGUUAGCAGUUUUAGUGGAUCAGAUGAAGAAGACUGGCCUCCAAGCUGCUCCUGCUGAUCUCUGCUAUGCUGGACCUGGAGAUGUGGCCUGUGAUGUCUGCACUGGGAGAAAACUGAAAGCCUUCAAGUCCUGUCUCACGUGUUCGGCCUCUUACUGUGAGCAACACCUCCAGCCACAUUAUGACGCAGCUCCGUUAUCAAAACACAAGCUGGUGGAGCCCUCCAAGAAGCUGCAGGAGAACGUCUGCUCUCAGCACGAUGAGGUGAUGAAGAUUUACUGCCGUACCGAUCAGAAGUCUAUCUGUUAUCUCUGCACAAUGGAUGAACAUAAAGGCCACGACACGGUCUCAGCUGCAGCAGAACGGACGGAGAAGCAGAAAGAGCUGGAGGUGAGUCGACAAAACAUCCAGCAGAGAAUCCAGGACAGAGAGAAAGAUGUGAAGCUGCUUCAACAGGAGGUGCAGAACAUCAAUCGCUCCGCUGAUAAAACAGUGGAGGACAGUGAGAAGAUGUUCACUGAGCUGAUCCGUCUCAUGCAGAAAAGAAGCUCUGAGGUGAAGCAGCAGGUCAGAUCCCAGCAGGAAACUGAAGUGAGUCGAGUCAAAGAGGUGGAGGAGAAGCUGCAGCAGGAGAUCAGAGAGCUGAAGAGGAAAGACGCUGAACUGAAGUAUCUCUCAAACACAGAGGACCACAACCAGUUUCUGCACAGCUACCCCUCACUGUCAGCACUCAGCCCGUCUACAUCCAGCAUCCAGAUCCGUCCUCUGAGCUACUUUGAGGACGUGACAGCGGCCGUGUCACGAGUCAGAGACAAACUGCAGGACGUCCUGAGAGACAAAUGGACAGACGUCUCACUGACUGAAGUGGAUGUUUUACUGUCAGAUUCACCAGCAGAGCCCACGACCAGAGCUGGAUUCUUAAAAUAUUCAUGUGAGAUCACACUGGAUCCAAACACAGCACACACACAGCUGGUAUUAUCUGAGGGGAACAGAAAAGCAACAAUCAUGAUUAAUCAGUCCUAUCCAAGUCACCCAGACAGAUUCACUAGAUAUUGGCAGGUCCUGAGUAGAGAGAGUCUGACUGGACGAUGUUACUGGGAGGUGGAGUGGAGAGGGGAUGUAGUUUAUGUAGCAGCUUCAUACAAGAACAUCAGCAGAGGGAGGUCGGAUAACUCUUUAUUUGGACACAAUGGCAAAUCUUGGGCAUUAAGAUGUGACAACGACAAAUGUACAUUUUGGUACAACAAUAUCCAAACUCCCGUCUCAGGUCCUCGGUCCUCCAGAGUGGGAGUGUUCCUGGAUCACAGAGCAGGUAUUUUGUCCUUCUACAGCGUCUCUGAAACCAUGACCCUCCUCCGCAGAGUCCAGACCACGUUCACUCAGCCGCUCUAUGCUGGACUUCUGCUUGGUAACAGAAGUGGAGACACUGCUGAGUUCUGUAAACUCAACUAACCAAAGGGACAGCAGGUAAAAAUGUGUUUUAACUCUUAAAGCUCCCAUUUUGUUCACCUUUGUGGUGUUUUAUUUGAAGUUUUUAUAUCUAUAAGAGGAUACAUUUGUAGUUUUAUGUGCUAAAACCAGCUGAGUUCAGUUGUUCAUCUGCUCUCUCAGCCUCCUUCUGCAGCUCCAGCAGCUCAGAUCAUUUUGGGCCUGUCUCAUUAAUAUUCAUGACCCUUUCUUCUGAUUGGCUGACAGUCUUGAGUGACACCCGGCCAGUCUAAUCACAGUUAGCGGUUUGCAGGUUAAACUCACCGGUGAAUGCAAAAAGACGAUGGCCACCUCUGAGGAAGAUGUUGUCUGACUUUACAUGUUAGAGCCUGAUGAUGCUUCCCUCUGACUCAAACAUGAAAUAUAUUACUGGUUCAACAUGCUUUAUAAUCACAAAGACUUGUAGCUCGUGUUUUUCUACAAUAAGGGACCUUUAAACUGAUUUCUUUCCAUGUUUGUUGCUGAGAGCUCAUCGUUGUGGCAUUUCUUCUCUGUAGAGAUCAGCUGUCAAUCAAACAUUAUGGGCGGGGCUUUGACAUCUGCUCAUUAGUUGUUCUGUAGAUGUUUGACUUUCCUUCCUGUGUCUGUUGAGCCAUGGAGGCUUUCACUGCUCAUGAUGACUGUUGUUCACCUCAACUCAUAUUUCUCUGCAUGAAAAUGUACAUUUCUCUGAGCUCCAAAUGUUUGUUGAAUAUUUGUAUGUUGUUGUUGUUGUUUUAUGCAUGGGUCUGAAGAGAGAAAGCUCCAGAUAUUCAAAGAAAAUGUGUAAAAAAAAAAAAAAAAAAACUAGAAUUAUAUCUACAUUUAUUUGUUUGGAAGACCAAAUGUUGCUGUUAUAAUCAAAACACAAAUGAGGCUCUAUGAUGUAUUAUAAAACUAUAAUUAUCAUGUUCAUAAUCAAUAAGGAAAUAGUCAUUAUUAUCUUGUACAUCUCUGAGAUUCUGAUCAAACUAAUUGAUUGGGUGGAUGAAGUGAAUCUGUACAAGAAAUCAGUGAACAAAAAUCAUUUAACAAACUUCACUGAUGGGAUGUGUGAAAAAACUGUUUAUAUAAUGAAUAAACAAACAUAAACAAAGUAUUUUCUUCUGGUCUUAAUUCCAGGGUUUGAUAUAAAGCUGAUGGAUAAAUGAUGAGACUAAUAUGAGAUAUAACUGAGGCUGUUCUCCUGAAACAACACAAAGUUCACUGUUCAUGUUGAGAGCAGAAGAACAUUUGUCAGUCAGUCUCUCAUUUCUCCAACAAAAGCUGUUUUAAUGAGGAAAGUUCAAAGGUCAGAGUUUUCUAUCACUUGUUGCUUUUACAGCCAAGAUUUGGUUUGUGCUCUUAGUU